AUGUUUGCAGAACUGGUCCAGACCCCAGUUCGGGAGCCCCCCACGAAGCAAAAUGCAAAGCCGGUUGAGGAGCAAAUUGCUCCGUUGACUAAAAGGCUAUCUGAAGUAUCACUACUGGAGACCCCGAGACCCCAAACCAAGUCAAGGAGGGCCUUCAAAAAAGAUGCAUCGAUUGUGGAGGAUGAGCUCGAGGUGCCUGAAGUCACUGAGAUCAAGCGGGAUUCUAUCAAGACUCUCAAGACAACUGCAAUUGUUGAAGACGAUAAAACAAAAAAGAUUCAAAUCCUAGAGGACAAAAUCGAAAUACGCCAAAAGGACAAGCCUAAAGAGAGGAGGACACGCACAAGCAAGCGCAUUACUCCAAUCAAGAAUGAGUCCUCCUUGAGAGUUCUCACAUGGGGCGAUGUCUGCCCUCCUGGAGACCAGAUUGUCAAGAUUGCCGAGGCCUCAUCCGCAGAGGUAUACCGCAUUACCAACAAACGAGGCACCAGUAUCAUCAAGGCCAUCAGACUGCCAUCACCAAUCAAGCCUCUAACAAAAACGCAAGUGGCAUCUGGUCUGAUUGAUGAGGAGCCCCAUUCACAGGACGAUGUCAACAAUGAGUUGCAGAUUUCUGAGUGGCUCUCCGAUGUUCCAGGAUUCGCCGUUUACAAAGAACGGUACAUUGUCCAGGGAAAGACGACAAGUGAGCUCCUCGAAACACAUCAAACAGCCCAGAAGAAGAUGAAGAGAGAAGAUCCGGGCAGGGCGCAGUAUUACCCGUCACCAAGCCGGUACUUGGAUGACACCAAGUUCCUGGUUGUGGAGCUCGGAGACGCAGGCAAGUCUCUGGAGAACUGGCCAUUGGACAGCGUAGAUCAAUUAUGGGACAUUUUUCUAUUGGAGGCGAUUGCAUUAGCUAGGGCUGAAGAAGUUGCCAUGUUCGAGCAUCGCGACCUGCACGAGGGUAACCUCUGUGUUAAGCAAGCUCGCCCUCCCCGAAAGAGGGAUCCCAACGCAGAAGGAUUUUUUGGUUAUUCGGGCCUCGAAAUCACAAUCCUAGACUACGGCCUCUCGCGAGCUGAAGACCUAACAAACGAUGAUUCCACGCCUAUUGUAUACGACUUGGAGAGAGAUCUAAGCUUAUUCACUAGCACUUACAACCCCCAGUGCAAAGUUUAUAGGCAGAUGCGGUCCUUUUUGCUUCGAGCUGACCGAGAGUGGCUCCCUCCAGAAGCUCACAAUGUCCCGUAUGCCAAGGGAAUCGAUGGGCCGCUUUCUUGGGACGCAUAUGCCCCUUACACGAACGUUCUCUGGCUGGCUUAUACCUACGAAUACAUGGUGGAACACUUUGAAGGCAGCAAAAGAGAGCUCGCAAAGUUCAAGAAGGAGACGGCAGAACUCUGGAAAUAUUUAAACCCUGAUGCCCCGAAAGAUGUACCUGCAUUUGGAUGCGCGGCUGACGUGGCCUGCUUUGCCUUGGAGGCUGGCUGGAUACGACAAGAGGAGCUUCUGGGGGCAUCAACUUCGAUAAUGGAUCGAGAGGACAGCAUCAUCGUUUCGAGGAAAGUAGUUGAUGUCGAGGUUUCGCCGCCGCGGAGAUCACGAAGACGGCGUGAGGCUUGA